AUGGAUAGAACUUUACUCAAGAAGACUGUUGGAAUACAACCAAAGAAAGAAUGUGAUUUAGACAUUAAACAAAGAAAGCAACCUACAGCUAUGGACAAAUGCGAUGUUUCUCGUACAAAAGGACAUAGGCCAAAAUCUACCCAUGGAAAGAAAAUCAAUCCGGAUUGCAUAAAACAGGCUAAAUUGUUGGUAGAAGAAGCAAUUAGGAACAAGAAAAUCUUUACUAUCCAAGGCUCUUAUCCUUUUAUACAGAGCGGCCUGCAGAGCAGAGGAUGGGUGGAGAAAAAGUUUCAAAAGACUCAACAAAAUGAUUAUGAUGAUCCAGAUGGUAUCUGUUAUCUUAUGUCAAGGCUUUUACGUGACCAAGACCCCAAUUUUGUUUGGGCAUCAACAUAUAAUUCCUUGGACAGCCACUUGCUAAAAAAUGAUCAGAUUAUAGUAAACCAUUAUUCCAAAUCUGUAUUCACAACUAAGGUGGGCCUGCACCUUAAUUUAAGAAAUCUACACUGGUUUGCAGAUGCUGAUCCCAAUUCGUUUUUCCCGCGUUGUUACCGACUUGGAGUCAAAGAGGAAAAGCAGGAAUUCAUUGAGGAUUUCCGGCUCACUGCUGCCUGUAGCAUUCUGAAAUGUGCUUGUGAAGGAAAAGCUAUGUCUAACAAAAGAAAUGAGAAAAAGGAAUGCCUUGCUGCACUUUUAUCAAGAUAUAACAAGACUGCUAAAAUAUGUGUAACAAGCGUUCCAGUUCAAAUGAUCAAAACAGCUCUCAAGGCUUGCCAGCUAUAUUUGAACACCUUGGAGCAUAAAGAUAUUGACUGGAAACAAAGUUCUAUAAAUGCCAUUACAGAAGAUCAAUGGAAGGAAUUUCUGCAAGGGUAUUAUCAGGUAAUCCAUGAAGAUGCAGCCAUAAAUCAAGCUGAAAACUAUAUUAGCCAGUGCCAAGAUAUGUUACAAAAACUGAAGGCCGUGAACCCCCAACUGGAAAUUGAAGGGGAAAGAAAUAUAUGGAUUGUAAAACCAGGAGCUUUAAGCAGAGGAAGGGGCAUAAUCUGUAUUGAUCACCUAGAAGAAGCCCUUAAAUUUGUGAACUGCAAUCCAUUGUUUAUAAAAGAUGACAAAUUGGUGGUGCAAAAAUAUAUUGAGAGGCCACUACUAAUCCAUGGCACCAAAUUUGAUGUGCGCCAAUGGUUUGUGGUAACAAACUGGAAUCCCCUAACUAUCUGGUUCUACAAGGAGUGUUACCUACGGUUCUCAACACAACCAUUCUCCUUGAAAAACCUACACGGCUCUAUACACCUGUGCAAUAAUGCUAUACAAAAGCACUAUAAAGUUUCCCAGAGCCGUCACCCACAUCUCCCAGAAGAAAACAUGUGGUUCAAGAAUCAAUUUCAAGAUUACCUCCAGAUGAUUGGAGCAAACAAUGCAUGGAAAGAAAUAAUCGAGCCAGGGAUGAAAGCAGCCAUCAUUCACACCAUGCAAUGUUCCCAGGACACGGUAGAGGGAAGGAAAAACAGUUUUCAGAUCUAUGGUGCAGACUUCAUGUUUGGAGAGAACUUUGAACCAUGGUUAAUUGAGAUCAAUGCCAGUCCUGAUAUGUCCCUGUCUACAUCAGUGACUAGCAGGCUUGUUGUUAGAGUCCAGGAGGAUAUACUACGUCUUGUCCUAGACCAUAAACAGGACUCUGAUGCUUAUGUGGGAGCAUUUGAGCUCAUUUAUAAACAACCUGCAGUGAAAAUCCCUCAACAUGACCGAAAAAAUCUGUUAGUUAAAGGGACUGCAAUUGAAAAACCACUCCAGACGUCACUAUUCACGACCAAAGAAAGCAACCAAACAUCCAAUGGUAGCAUUGCUAAGGGUAAAAUGAACCCUUGUUUAUUACACAGAGCAAAGACCACAGCAAUCUUGAAAGAAAUAAAGGAAGGGAGAGAAGCUCCGCCUUCUAAGAAGGUUGAGUUUAUAGUACUAUCUACUAAUAUACAGGAACUGGAGAAGAGUAAAGAAGGCCUUAACAAGUAUCAGCUACCAAAAUAUUGUGCACAGGAAAAGGCCCUUAGAAGAAAGGACACAGCAAGGAGUAAUAAGGAAGGCUUUGAUCAUCAAAAAUUGCCCAACAUAGAUACUGGCCAAUUACAAGUCAUUGGUCAAUUAGCAAAGAUGCAAAAGCCGGGAUCACUGACCAGGGCAUGUUAUAAAGGACCAGGCUCUUUAGCAAGUCCACAUCAAAUGUGUACCAGUGGCAAAACUGAAAAACUGACUAAAAAAAACAAAUAA